AUGGAAGACACUGAGUACGAACUGAGAGGCGUACUGGCUGGGCACAGCAAAGGAGUAAGGUGCAUGUGUGUCAUUAAUAACACCCAGAUGGACGAAUUCAAAGAAUGCCAAGUCCGCUUUGAUUACAUAGUUAGUGCCGACAUGACUGGGACAAUUAUGGUGUGGAAAAGGAAGACUCUCGAGGAGGUCCCUACUGGAGAAGCUCUCCCCGCGGAUGAAAACCCAUACAGCGAUGUAGAAAUCUUUCCACUUCAUCUGAGUGAUAAUUACCAACUUUACAAAAAAAUAGAAAUACACGAAAGGUUCGUCUACGCAAUGACACACAGUAAAUACGUAGGAAUAAGCGAGUUAAAGAAAUGCACAGAUAACGUAGAGGACCACUUAUAUGUGUACAGUGGAGGAAGCGACAAAGGUGUGUACCUCUUCAACCUAAAUGGCUACAUCGAAUUAAUGCUACAAGGACAUAAGAACAGUGUCUCAAGUAUUGUCGAAUAUAGUGAGGAUAUUUUACUAAGUGCAGACUGGAACGGAGAAGUCAUCAUGUGGCAGAUCGUCAAACUUGGUGACGAAUCUGUGGGAGGUGAAAACUUGGAGAAUUCCCCCCCCAGCAGCAGCGGCAACCCGGAUAAGGAGAAAAACACCCUCUGUGGAAACAAAUACACAUACAGCAUAGUCAGAAUUUUAAACAACCACAAAUAUGCCACGUACGUUAACUGCCUGAACGAUUUUAUCCUCACCAUUUCGCAAAAUAAUAUAGUCAACGUGUGGAAUAGUGAAGGAGAAAAAACAGACGAAAUUAAAAAUAUACACAGUGACAGUGUGCGCGAUAUAGUACUAUUUAAUGGGAAGAAAAAUGCCAUUACCUUUUCGAAUGAUGAAACUAUAAAUAUAUAUGACUCCAAUUUUAAUAUAUUAAAAAUGUACAAAGGCCACCAAGGCUUUAUCUUCUACGUGUGCGUAAAUGAAAAGGAACAGAUUAUGUACAGCUGCGGUGACGACAAGAGUGUUAAAGUGUGGUGCAUCAAAGACAUUUACCAGUUAAUGGAAAAGUACGACACAGAUGGGGCAGCCAUCCUAAAUAAACUGCCGCUAAUAAGCCAUGGGACGGACUCUUCCUGCAUACAAACUAUUUACCUAACGGAUACCCUGUGGAGUGUGAAAGUUCUAAGCAAUGGGGAUCUCGCCUGCGCAUGUAAUGAUAGCUACAUUAGGGUGUAUACUAGAAAGAAGGACCACAGGCUGAGCGAAGAAGCAACAAACGAGGUACUCCAAAUGUGCAGUAAACGCAACAAGAAGGAACAACUCAGUGGAGAAGACAGAAAUUCUCCCGGAGGGGAAAACAACGCAGAAAAUAUAAUCAGUAUGGAAAAUAUAAAAAGCGUCGUGGGAAAGGAAGGGGAAGUUAAAAUUUUCAAAAAUAAAAAAAAAUAUGAAGCGUACAAAUAUGAGAACAACGAGUGGGUACUCAUAGGCGAAGUAGUAGACGACAGCACAUCACAGAAAAAGUUCUACAUUGGAGAUAACCUGUUCAAGCAGGGCUACUACGAUGAAGUUGUUUCCAUCGACACAGGUUACGGAAAUAUAAAGCUACUUCCCUACAAUGCAAGUGACAAUGUGCACGUUAUAGCGGAAAUGUUUUGCAAAAGAGAAGGCCUCUCCGCUAGCCAAAUAAAACCCAUCGUCGAUUUUAUUAACCAGAAUUAUGCCUCGAAAGGUGGCACAUCCACCUCUUCCACAUGCGCCACGAACAGUUGUUUUGCUACUCCUAAUGGUAGUACCCCGUAUGGUGCGAGAAAAUUCAACACCGUUUUGAACGUUUUCACUGUGGAAAAAGCUUCCCUAGAUAAAAUUUUCCAAAAAAUACAAGAAUUUAAUUCUCUCCAACCAAGUGAAGAAAAGGAGAAAAGUAAACUAUCAAAUGAACAGGUGAAUGCUCUAUCAAACAUUAUUAACCUGUACAGAAAGAAUCUAAAAAAUGUAUACAACUUUAAUACGGCUGAUAUUAACCUGAUUAUGAGACUUUUCAGUUGGUCCCCCACUCACAUAUUCCCCGUGAUUGACCUCUUUAGGGUUCUCGUUUUAAAUAAAAAUUGUGAUUUUUUAUACAAUAAUAAGUACGCCUUCAAUGCCUUUAAGCUGGUUUACGAUUGCGUUGCUUAUUAUAUAUCCAAUUCGUCAGAGUUGAAAGAAAAUGAGGAGAACAAACUGGAUUCUCUCCUUCUCUGUUGCCUUCGCUUUUAUUUGAAUAUGUUUGGCUUGUCCACUCCAAGAUUUUACAUGUACAAAAAGUUUCACUUCGUUGCGAAGCAGUUGGCAGAAGUGAAAUCCUCCAAUUUUAACAUCAACACAUUGUGUAUGAAAAUAUUUUUCAAUUAUGUGAUAGCAUUGAACGAAAAUAAGGAUCAGACCAUGAGAAAAUCUGUGUUCGAAGUUCUGCACUCGAUUAAGCACAAGAUAAAUGACAUCGAACUACUCUACACCUUUGGCCUCUGUUUCCACACAUCCCACGAAAUGAACACUAAGGAGACUAACGAAAUUGUUAAAAAAUAUGGCUCCCUUGAUUUUAUAAAGAACAAACUGAGUUCUCUCCUGCCGCAGAAGAAUGAGCAGAAUGAGAAGGUGUUCAAAAACGUGGGCUCCAUUUUGGAGGACCUCUCGGCGUAG